AGGCAAAUCCUGGGACGCGCUGCCGGCUUUUUUAGCUAAAUAAGAAAUCGUGAUAAAACUGUUGUUUCAGAGUGUUUAUGUCAUGUUUUUAAAAUAAAGACAGGAAACGAUUUGGGGAAUUGGAAAGGCAGUGAUCAAACACUGCAGAACAUUUUCGACUUACAGACUUGCACAUUAAGCUCUCCGAUUUACAGAACUGAGAGGGGCCGCCGUCGCUGAAGUAACGUUAGAUUUUCAGCCAUGUCUUUCCGCCGGCAAAAUCAACAGUCUGGACCAGGCGGGCGCAAAACAUCUAAUGGACCUUCUGGAUCGGUCGGCAUGCCUUCGACAGUUCCUGGGAGUAACGCUACCAGAUCAGCCGUAGGAAGGAACAGAAACUCAGUGAAGCCUCCCUCACAGUCUUCUCCUGUAUUUGAAGGAGUCUACAACAACUCCAGAAUGCUCCAUUUUCUUACAGCCAUAGUGGGCUCCAGGUGUGAUGUCCGGGUGAAGAAUGGCAGUGUGUAUGAGGGGAUUUUUAAAACACUAAGCUCAAAAUGUGAGCUGGCAGUAGACGCUGUGCACAAGUUAAGAAGUGAGGAUAGGGAUGGCAGUGGAAGUGGUGUGUCCACGCACCCCAAGAGGGAGGAGAUCACAGACAUCAUGAUUUUUAGCCCUAUUGACCUGAUCACUAUGACCUGCAGAGACGUGGACCUCAACUAUGCGAUAAGAGAUACUUUUACAGACUCUGCAAUUAGCUCGUCCAAAAUAAAUGGUGAUCAAAGAGAGAAGGUGCUUCAGAGGUGGGAUGGAGGAGACAGCAAUGGAGAAAAUUAUGAUUUGGAUGCAGACGCUUCUAAUGGCUGGGAUGCCAGUGAAAUGUUUCGCUUCAAUGAAGAAACAUACGGGGUGAAGUCUACCUAUGACUCUAGCCUCUCAAUGUACACGGUUCCCUUAGAGCGUGGUAGCUCAGAUGGUUUCAGGCAGCGAGAGGCACGAGCUGCGCGCCUGGCCAGUGAGAUUGAGGCAAGUUCACAGUACCGGCAUAGGGUGGCUCUGGAAAACGAUGAAGGGAGGAGUGAAGAGGAUAAGUACAGUGCAGUGACGCGAGAUGGAGGGGACAGAGAAAGAGGAAGCCCUGGCUGCUCCAGUUCUGGUAGCAGGGAAGGCAAGUACAUUCCUUUACCUCAGAGGGCGAGAGAGAGAGAAAUGGGUGGAUCCAAAGUUGAAAGAGGUGGCGCGUCCACUAUUCCUAAUCGAACAAAUCGACCUGCUAACUCAAGCUCCUCCCCCAGGCCUCUCCCUUCUGGCAGCAGUCAGCCUGCCCCAUCUUCUGACAGAACUAGUCCAUUGUCAGUCAGAGGAGGGUACUCUCCUCACCCUCCACAGUGUAGUCCACCUGCUCAGCCCCAGACUCUGGAGACUGGCCAUGCCAGUCCUCCUGCCGCACACCUGAUACCCCAUUCCCUCUUAGAGUCAACACAAUCUGUUAAUGGAGUGUCGUCCAGAACGUCCCCUAAAUCUCAGAGGCCUUCACAGACUAGAAGUUCACGCACGGUUAACUCUCAUUUAUCACAUACAGUCUCUUAUUCCCCCAAACCUGAUGCACCCAUCCAGGAUUUGUCUCUGGCUGCUCCUGCAUACCUGGACACCUCUGUAGUUGCCACGGUGACCACAAAACCCCCUGGUCCUAUACCUCUUUUUCCUGUAGAUGUAAAUGAGAUAUUAUCUAAGGAGAGGACCGAGGGCCCUGCCAGUCCACAUGAAAUCAAGAACAGCAAAGCUGCUUCACUUCAGCAGAGGUCACAAAUAGAGGAACUCCGUAAAUUUGGAAAGGAAUUUAGGCUGCUGUCCAGCUCCUCUCCCUCUAGUUCUAGUACUUCCAUUACAGCCAGUGAUCAUGCUCAACCAAGCCCCACCCAAAGCACACAGACAGACCCCAGCCCAUCCACAGUCUCACUCACAACUCCUCCACGUGAGCUUCCGUCUGAUGAAAUGACCAGAGAAACAAGUUCUGAAAGUUUGGCUGCAUCAUCCCCACCAUCCAGCAUGGCCAGUAUCACUCCCACAGCUACGCCUGGUGGUUCCUCACAAUCUUCAAUUGCUGAAGGGCAUAUAACAGUUCACCCCCAACCUGCAAGAACCGCAGGCAAGGAGGAUGGCAGGCCAGAGACUGUGGAGAGAGCCGAGGGUGUGACUGAGCAAAUAAAAAAAUCCACACUAAACCCGAAUGCCAAAGAAUUUAAUCCUGCUAAGGCCCCCCUCAGUUUGGUGAAGCCCUCGGCAACCCCCACACCCCCUCGACCUACACCUCCAAGCCCCUCAGUGGUGCUACCUCCUGCAGGGCAAGGAGCCAUCUAUAGUCCUCAGUAUCUAAGCUAUGUCUCAACCAUACCGAUACAGGGUCAUUCCGUACAGGCUCCUCAAAUGUACCAGUAUACUGUGUCUACCAUGAGCCAGGGCAAAUACCCCAGAGCUAAAGGCUCAGUGGUUGCACCACGAACAGACCACAACUCAUCAGCGCCUCCUAUGAUCCAGACAGCAGCUUCUGCUGCAGGUCCUCCCCUAGUGGCUUCUCCUUACCCACAGUCCUACCUGCAGUAUGGUCAGGUUAUUCCUGCUAUGCCCCACUACCCUGGACAGCCCAUGUACUCCAUGAUUCAGAGUGGAGCACGCAUGCUAACUUCAGGGGGACAUCCACAAUCACUGGGGCCCCCUGGUCCUCAAUACCCCGGCCAGACUGAGGGUCCUCCAGGAGCCCAACAAGGCAUGUACGCACCUCAGUCAUUCUCUCAUCACUCAGGCUCCAUGCAUCCUCCUCAGCCUUCAAGCACUCCAACUGGGAGCCAACCACCCCCACAACACCCUGCCCCCAGCCCGGGACAGUCCGGACAGUCAGGUCCACAGCCCCAGACUCUGUACCAUUCAGCUCCCCUGUCAGCUCCUACUCCCCCUAACAUGCCUCCAGGCCACAGCUCUCCCCAAGCCUCCUACCCUAUUCAGGGUUAUAGUUUAACAGGCCACCAGCCAUUACCCCACCCCUACUCUUCCAUUGGACAGUUAACACAGGCUCAUGUAACAGGAGCUCUGUCAGGUCCCCAUCACUCUGGGGGUCAUGGUCCUCCUCCUAUGAUGCUACUUCAUGCUCCUCCUCCACCUCAGCAAGGUUCUGGCCCUGGCCCCCAGCACCCCUCUCAUGCACCUCCACCGCCUCAGCAAGGAUCUCAUCAGCCCUACUCCUACAUCGGACACCCCCAGGCCGUGCAGGUGCAACCCCACCCUUCCCAGCAACUGCCCUUCCACCCUACUGGAAACUGAAAGAGAUAUGGUGAAACUGACCAGUUCUCUGGAGAGAAUGUUCAUCUUGAUUAUUCUGGACCAUGCACAUACACAAACUUAACACACAGUCAUAUUACCACACACACAGAGCCUCUCUUUCUGCUUCAGGAACAGAUUUUUAAUCCUUGAAAGGUUUGGGUGGGUUUUUUUUUUUAGGGGGGAGGGUUUUUUACAUUUAGGUUCAAAGGACGUAGGCACGAAGUGUGUCGAAACAGAAGGAAAUGAGUAAAAUUGUGUUAGAAUUACUAAGCGAUAGUGACAGAAUAAAACAGGAAUGAGACAUUUUAUAAGAGAGCUAGAUUUUGUCCUUCUUUCCCAACCCCUAAUUAAAUAAAUAAUAAAACAAAUUAAAAAAAAAAGAAAAAAUAUAAAAUGUACAAAAAUUAAUAAAAUUCCAAACUCUC